GGAAUCUGCCCGAUGGAGGGGUGUUGGAAGUUUCUGACAGAGUCUAUGGUGAGAACACGGAAUCUAAGAUAUGGGAAGGAAUAGCAGCUGUGACAGAAACAAACAUGAUGGUAACUUCUGCCAGUGACUCAGCAUCCUCAUCAGUUGUCAAUAAUGGCAGUGUUGCAGCUACUACUACAGGCGUCUCCAACUCAACGCAAUUCCCUGAUAUGUUGAUGCCGAAACAGGAAAAACUAUACCUUCAGGAGGACUCACCAUCAUCAAGAUCCACAUCAUCAGGACAUGACUAUGAUGUUUUCCUGAGUUUUAGGGGGCCAGAUACUCGAUCAGGCAUUACAAAUUUCCUCUACACCAGGUUGUUAGGUGCUAGAAUCCACACAUUUAAGGACGAUGAAGAGCUCCGAGUGGGAGAGGAGUUUGGUCCUGAAUUGCUCAAAGCUAUCAGCCAAUCAAAAAUUGUGAUUCCUAUCUUUUCCAAGGGCUACGCCUCUAGUAAAUGGUGUCUUAAGGAGUUGGUCCAAAUGGUGGAGUGUAGUAAAACAGGGAGAUAGAAGAUUAUGCCCAUUUUUUAUGACGUCACUCCGGCGGAGGUUCGCUAUCAAAUUGGGUGUUACGAAAAAGCCUUUCUUUCGCAUAAGGAGAAAUUCGGCGCUAAUGUCAAUAAGUGGAAAGCUGCUCUCAACCACGUUGCCAAUCUAAAUGGAUGGGACAAUUCAAAGAAGAAUAGAGGUGAAGGAGAACUGGUAGACGAGAUUGUCAAGAAGGUUAUAAACGAGUUGAAAACGGCUUCUCUGCUAGUGACAAACUGCUUGGUCGGAAUCGAAAAUCAUGUGAAGGAAAUCGAUGCAAUGAUGUGUUGUGAUUCUAAGGAUAUAAGAAUCGUCGGAAUCCACGGUAUGGGGGGUGUAGGAAAGACUACUCUUGCCAAAAUCAUCUACAACCGGCUGUCACAUCAUUUUGAAGAUUGUUGCUUCCUUUCUAACAUUAGGGAAACUUCAAAGCUAAAGGGCAUCGAAGGUUUGCAGAAUCAAUUAAUCUCUGAUCUUCUCAAAAGACAAUGGUCAAACAUUGGCAAUUUUGAGGAAGGAAUUAAGAUGAUAAAAGAAAGGUUGUGCGGUAAAACGGUUCUAGUGCUACUUGAUGAUGUUGACGAAAUGACUCAUUGGGAUGCACUAAUAGGACAACCUGCAUGGUUCGGUUUAGGAAGUAGGGUCAUCAUAACCAGUAGAAAUAGGGAUAUAGUCGAGGUUCCUGAGGUUGGUUAUCCAUAUGAGCUUGUGAGCAUGAACUUCAAUCAAUCUCUUCAACUUUUUUGCAAACAUGCUUUUGGAAGAGAUUACCCUUCGGACGACUAUGUUGCUUUCUCCACAAAAGUGGUCAAAACUAUUGGAGGUCUUCCUCUUGCUCUUGAGGCUAUAGGUAAAUUACUUCCGCGCCGGAGCAAAGAUGUGUGGGGUGUGAUAUUGAAGAAGUUGAAACAAGUUCCUCUCAAUGAAGUAAAAAGGAAGUUGGAAACGAGUUACGAUGCUUUGGAUGAAUGGAAAAAACAUAUCUUUCUUGAUAUAGCUUGUCUUUUCACUGGAUUUGAUCAAAGAAUAGUGCUCCACUCAUGGAAAGAUUCCGAUCUCUUCCCGGAGGAAGGUCUCGAGGUCCUUCAGAAAAUGUCUUUGAUAAAAAUCGGCAAAGACAAUAAGCUAUGGAUGCAUGACCAGCUGAGAGGCCUUGGUAGAAACAUUGUUCAUCUAGAAAGCUAUAAGGAACGUGAAAAACGGACUCGGUUGGGGAACCAUGAAGAAGGUUUGGACAUGGUGAUGGAAACCAAGGGGACACAAAAAGUUGAAGCUCUUUGCCGAAAGUUUGACCCUCAGUUGCUAUACGAUUUUGUGAACAAAGAAGUUGAGACUUGA